AUGGCUCCCGGAAAAUCCAAAACCACCACUGCUAACGGCUCCAACAAAAAGCUCAAAUUCGCUACACCAUCCGCCAACGAAUCCACGCAGAAUAGCGCUGCGAAUCCGGCCGCUGUAGAUACUUUCUCGUCAGACUUCGAAUUCGCUGUCUAUGGAUCCGGAAAGCCUGACAAGGCAGUGUACGAGCGCGAACAGGAGCAGAUCAAAGCUCAAAUCGAUGUUCUGCAAGCCAAAGUCUCGGUCGUUAAGGAUAAGAUUCAUGUUGUCACAAAAGGUGGUCCUAAUGACGAGAGACGAGCGAGCCUCAAAGCGGAAUUGGAAACCAUCCGCGGCCAGCAAUCCUCCAACAAGGCGUCACGCACAAAGAUCCGUGAUGAACUCAAAGCCAUUCAUGAUGAUGUUCAGAAAAAGAUCAAGGACUUGAACGCAGCGAAAGCCAAGGCACCAUACAAAACUGUCUCAGACGUCGAUGAUCGUAUCAACAACCUCGAGAAGCAGGUCGAGUCCGGUAACUUGAAGCUUGGUGAUGAGAAGCGGGCAUUGGCAGAGAUUAGCCAGCUGAAACGCAGUCGCAGGGUUGUCGAGGGCUUCCAGGCAGAUCAGGAGUCCAUCGAGGCUGACCGUGCCAAGGCCGACGAGCUCCGCAAGGAACUUGACGAUCCCGAGGCCAAGGCCAUCUCUGAGCGUUAUGAUGCUAUCAAGGCUGAGUUGGAUGAGCUCAAGAAGGAAGGCGACGAAAUCCACGCGAAUCGUAACAAGCUCUUCGAUGAGCGAAACGCGCUUCAGGCCCAGCUCGAUACGUUAUACAGCCACAAGCGCGAGUCGGCGCAGCGCUUUCGUGAGGCGAACGACAAGCACUGGACGAAGAUGAACGAGGAGCGUGCGAGACGUGCGGAGUGGCUGCGGGAGAAGCGUGCAGCUGAGGAGGAGGAUAAGAAGAAGGAGCUCGUCGAGCGUUUGCGUGAGGAAGCGUCGAUACCUGCUUUCCAGACCCAAAUCGAGGACUGUCAAACGCUCAUUGACUACUUCUCGGGGAGAAACUCUACGCCCGUGCUGUCGACCCGCUUGUCAUCCUCGGACAAGAUCAUCUUGUCAGGCGUCCCCGAGUUGGAGAUUCGGAAGGUGGAGACUGGGCCUGCAGAGGGCAUGGUUGCACGCAAGAAGAAGGGCGAAGAAGAGGAAGCUUACUUCGUCGGCAACCAGCGCAAGGGGCCCAAGGGGAAGAAGGGCAGUGCCAAGGCCAGCGCUUCCUCAGGGAGCAGCGGUGCCGAAGCCUUAGGGAGUCAUGGUUUCCAGGCUCCGUUCCAAAUCGUGACCGCUCUGCUUGACUUCUCGAUAUCACCACCUACAUCGGAAGCUGACGUGCCUCGCGUCAUCGAGGAACUGAAAGCGAAGAAGGCAUGGUUCGAGUCCAAUCAGGCUCGGGUAACCGCUGAGAACAAGGAGGCGACGGAGGCGAAGAUUCGACAAAUCACUGGCAAGAGUGAGCUGAAGAAGGCCGACAUCCAACCACCAUGCGAAGACUUGACGCCUCCUAACGGUGGCGGGGAGCUGCCAGCUGAACCAGCCUCCUCACCAGCUGUCACUCGCUUACCUUCAGUGGCGGUGCCAAGUGAGGAUGUUGUUGAGAAGCUCGAAGUUGAGCAGAAGCACGAUGGAGAUGGGGAUGGAGCACAGGAACAGUGA